CUCGUCGACGAGCGUGAAAAUUCAUAAUUAAGACAAUGCAUUAGACCGGCGAACUUACUUUCAGUUCAGUAUAAUGCUCGCGGGCACUCUAAAUUAAGGAAAUCAACGAAAAAUGCCAACCAAUAAGCACGACGAUGGUUGCUACAGAGAGUCGACCUUGGAGCACCCUGCCUCCCCACAGGUAGAGGCAAAUGUACAGCUCGGUCUUAGCACGAAAGUAGCACUAUCUCGCCUCCACGAUGAGAUUGAGAAGGUGCUGCUUGAGUGCGAGGGCCAGUAUGGCGCCGAAAGCUGCUACCGCAAGUUGCGUGCCGCAUUUGUGAAACGCUACGACAGCCCACUGGGCUGGCUCUCCAUUGGAACUACAUUGCUGACUAGUUUUGCUCUCUUUAUCACUUCAUAUGGAAUACCAUCACUUUGUUUGCUGAUUAUCUUAUUGUUAGACUUGUUCAUGGUAAUAAGAGAGAACAAUUUGCGACGAACGGAGAUAUAUCGAAAAACGCGGAAUGUCUUGACAGAACUGCAGAUGGCUGAGCAAUAUCUCUGCGAGGAAUGGAAACCAUCAAAUUAUCCGCAUCUUAAUAAUCCGAUGUCGCCGUCGGUGUCCCUGCAAUGGACAUAUCGCGAUGGCGUUAUAGUUAAUCUGCCCUGGGCAUUGCUAGUGCGGGGAGACUACAUUAUUUUACGACCAGGACACAUUUCUCCCGGCCCUUGUCAUGAAGUAGAAACCAAGAAGUUUUUCAACACCAAUGAGAUUUACGGCGCUUCACAAAUGGGUGAUCCCCCGGUAAAGCCGGUUGCACGUGCUCCGCUGCCUGAUCUCAUCUGUUGUCUAGAGCGCACUCCGUAUUUGGACAACUUGCGUAUUUGUCUGAGAAACUCGUUAAAACGCCCACCUACUAUUUACAAUCAGCAGCGAUAUCUGCUGGUCACCAAGUAUAUACAACAAUGGGGUUUCAUUAGCGCGCUGAUCAUCACAGUGUUUGCUGGCCUUCUGCGUGUGCACGGAUAUGGACUGCCCACUCGCAAUUGGGUUUCUGUGCUUGUUGAAUCGCCAGCCGCUGCGGUUAUUCCUUUGCUGCCAUUAAUUUUUCCCCUCAUGUGGAUAUCCAUGAAUCUAUGGGGCGUGGCGCGCUUGCAAUGUUUUUUAAAGACACCGCAAGCCAUACUAGAAAAGACUGCAACGAAAUCGUUUGAGGAGGAUCUGGAUACUCCCUCCUAUGACUAUGAUAACAUAUCGCUGCUACGAUCCAAUGUGCUGCGCACUUGGAUAGAUCUUUGGCGGGGCAAUUGUGAGUUGUUGCCGCGCUCGGCAAACUUAGUGCAGGUUCUGGGCUCUAUUUCAGCGCUCUGUUGUGUUGACAAAAAGGGCAUAUUAUCGUGGCCCAAUCCGACGGCCGAAAAGGUUUUUUUCCUACACAAUACAGACGAUGAACAGAACGAUGAUGGUGCGCGUAGUAAUAGCCAGUUGUCUAUGGAAACGGAAAGCGAGGAUGGACCCGAUGUUGACGAAGAUCACAAGGGACGGGGCAUUGUUGCGGAAGUUUUGGAUUUAACCCACGAUCAGCACUGCCCAUUCCGGUUGGAGUUUGAUGAUCACGAAUGGAAGGCGCACAUCAAGUCACUUAAGCCUCUGGGCCUCGCUAUUUUGCUGAAUACCUGCUCCCCACUGACACACGAGCAUUACGCACAAUUUUGCAGUCAUGUUACGGCUGUAGCCAUGCUUGAUAAAGACCUUGUACCCGUGACAAAUCGGUAUGCGAUUAUUGAAUCCAGUAUGAAAAGCUUUUUGCAUGGACGCUGUCUGUGCGAACUGGCCAAGCAGAUUGGCUUCACUGAUCAUGCGACAGAUCGUUUCGCCUUGGAGGGACAACUUGCAUCGUACCGGCAUCUGCAACCGGACGUGGUGCGGCGUGAUAUUCGCUUUGCUCGCCAGCUGCAGCUUUCAUCGAAGGUGAAGGUGCCUUUCCCACACUCUCUUUCGGUAGUGAUGCGGGAAAAUCCUGGUGGUUACUUGUCCCUAUUCACCCAAGGUACUGCGGACAUUAUAUUGGACUGCUGUGAUGACUUUUGGGAUGGAAAGGACUUACGUCCACUCUCCCCGCAGGAUCGGAAACGAGCCUUGGAUUUUUAUCAACGCAGCGCUUUGACCUCCUACUGCACCGCCUUUGCAUAUCGACCAUUGCGCCAUGGUAUACACGGGGCCCUAAGUGGCCCAAAUCCACAGCACAAUGGCGGACCGAUAGCGUAUCUUGAGUUGCCACCUGAGUCGAAGCUACGCAUGCAGCACGUGGAUAAAAGACACUGCGACUUCGAGGGGGGUCAUCAUGUGAAGCUGAGCCACAGCAUUAGCACUGAUUCGCUGUUGUUUUCGGAGAGCAAGGACGAGGAUUGCAACGAUGUGGAGGGCUGUUUUGAGAUGCAAUGCCAUCAAGUAUUCAUUGGCAUGGUAACCAUGCAGUACCAGGCCCAGAACGAUAUUGUGCGGUUGGUGGAGAGACUGGAACGUGCCUGCAUACGCUUCGUACAUUUCAGCAAGGAAAACGAGCUGCGCUCGCGUGUUUUCUCAGAGAAAAUGGGCCUUGAAUCGGGGUGGAACUGUCACAUAUCGCUGCUCAGCGAACCUGAGGAGACGAAGACGAAUAGCAUUGCGACUGCUAAAGGCAAGGAUACAACAUCUGAUGGCAUCAAAUCACCAAAAUGUCCGGGUAAACAACAACAACAACAACCGAACACAACCUCAACAAUCAAUACAGCCACUGCCUGCACGACAACCACAAUCACCACCACAAUUACCGAUACAAACGAUCAUCUCGAUAACACUAGUAAUAUUCAUAAUUCAAGUGCCAAAAUCAUGAACAUACAGCCCCUGGAAGUAAAGGCUGGAGAUCAGCCAACUGAUCACGAUCAUAUCGAUUUUGUAGGUGACGAAGCUGGUGGCGCUGGCGAUGGGCCCGACCUAAACUAUUUACUGGGUCCGCCCAACAACCUGGAGUCGUCAAAAACACUCAGUUCCUCUGCUCCCGGAGCCAUUUCCAAUCCCGACGAAUGCAGUGCCCUGAAUGAGACACCAAGCAGCGGGGAAUCCAAUGGAAUUGAUUCUGACGAAGUCGAUAAGAACGACACUGCACGCGAUGAAAAUGGCGAGAUAAAAAUACCCGCCGAGCCAGAUCCGGAUCGCCAUAAGCAGCGACACUCCCUUGACUCGGCAAUGGACGAGAACUGCCGUUCGAUGAGCACGCUAACCGAAAGCACAGAUCAAAGUGCACCUAUUAAUUUUGAUAUGUCCAAUCGGGCCAAGUUGCCGCGAGGCAUUGAGAACAUACGCCCGCAUCUGGAACAGGUCGAUAAUGUGCCGCUUCAGGUGUCGCUCUUCACGGACUGCUCGGCAGAGGCGACCCGCCAAAUGCUGGAUAUUAUGCAAUCUUAUGGUGAGAUUGUCGUUUGCCUCGGCUCCUCGGCGAACAGCUCGAAUGCAGAGAUUUUUCUGCAGGCUGACUGCAGCAUAGCCGUGGAACCACUGCAUCCGCAGGUGUGCCAAGAUGUGGCCGCCUUUACAGAAAAGAACAUACACAACAACAAGGUGCACCUACAGCGACGAAUGCAGCAGUCUGACAAAAUUCCCCCCACUGCCGCACCACCUGACGAUACCUGGGCCAGCCAGGAGUUGCUCGAGAGCGGCCUCUUUUCUUCCGAUGCGCGUGCCAUGCAGUCGCCUGCCCACACCAUUUCACCCAUUUAUCUCAGUCGCCUGCUUAACUCGCUGCCCUGCUCGAUUGCCGUUUGUCGCGACGACCCGCUUUCACUGGUGGCCAUAAUUGAGCUUUCACGCCGCUUCUCGUUGGGCCUCUGGAACUGUAUACAGUAUUGGGCCUGCUGUGCGGGCGCCAUAUCCAUAUUAAAUGUGCUUUGUGCAUGUCUCACGCUGCCGCCGCUGCUCACCCCUCUGGUGGUCAUCUAUCUGAUGUGCGUGCCCGUGCCAUUGAUUGCGAUAUCGUUAGCGCAUAUCGACGUCGAUCCGAAGAUAAUGAAUCGCGCGACCAGCAAGAAGCAGACUGACUACGAUUCGCGCGCAUUCGCCUUUGUUCUAUGGUGCUAUGGCUGCAAAUUUUUGCUCCCAGUGCUGAUAUUGCUGGUGGCCUACUGGAUGUUCAUACCACAAUCCUUCUCUGACCAAAUUCUCGGGGAAAAGAUCGAGACAAAUGGUCUGUGUGCACCAGAUAAUUCAAAAUUGUAUAAAUUUAUAGACAUAGCACGCAGCUGCUCUUUGCUGGGCUUAUUGCUACACUUUGUUUUGGUCUCCAUAACAUUUGUGCAUCGGGACCAUUCGCUGUGGCAGCGUAAUCCCUUUCGCAACCGCAUUUGGGCGUUAACCUGUUUGGGAAUUUUGCUCAUACAUCUCUGCAUCUGUCUAUUUGAUCUUAUGCCUGAAUCCGUUUUUAAGCAUCUAUCAGAGGUUUACAUUGCCAUUAUUAUCGUAUUUGGUGGCAGUUUACUAAGUCUAGCUGGGUGUGAGCUAGCCAAGUACCAGGAGAAUAAGGUAAAUGCGCGCUAUCAGAGACGUGCACGCCUAGACUUUGGAACCAAGCUGGGCAUGAAUUCUCCCUUUUAAAGCAUUUCUUGAGAUCAAGGCACACCACGCGACUUGAAUACCAAACUGAAGAUGGAGAAGAGUACUUAUUCAAUACAUAUGACAUACAUAAGAGUUACAUAUAUGUACUUAGUGCCAAGGCUGUAAAUAAGUUAAUUUGUCAAUCGCUUUUGUUUACAACUUACUUUUUACACAUUUUUUAUUAUUUACGAUCACGCCUGAUGAAUUUUGUAUACACCAACAUAAAUGUGGUUUAUUCUAGUUUUUAAAACGUUCGAUUCUGUGUUCUUUGUUUUAAUGGCAACAACAUUAUGUACUAACAUUUAAAAGACUUGCAAUUAUUAUAUGAAAUAUGUACUUAUAUUUGUGGUAAAAAAAAUAUAUAUAUACCUAU